AACAUUCAAGUGCGUUCAGUUCACAACUGUAAAUAUAACAGCUGUACAGAUGUGGAGCGGUUUAUUACCUUAAUGUGAGAGGAGACUGAUGAUCUUUAACGAAGAUUUUACACCUGAUUAAUGAUGAAAGCGAUUAUUUUGGCUGCGGGAUAUGGGACGAGGCUACAGAAGGACUUAGAGAAGGACACCAGUGGGAAGUAUAAACAUCUAAAUGGUGUUUCUAAAGCUCUGCUGCCAGUGGGGAACUGUGCCCUCAUUUCUCACUGGAUCAAAGCUCUCAACACAUCUGCAUCUGUGCAUGAAGUUUAUGUGAUUACCAAUGCAGUUUACUAUGAAGCGUUCCAGCGCUGGGCCCAGAAGUUCCCCAACGUUCGAGUUCUCAGUGAUGGGACGAGAACUAAUGAGGGACGACUUGGUGCGGUCGCUUGUCUUCAGCUGACCGUCAAGCACUUUGCAGUGGACGAUGAUGUCAUAGUGAUCGGAGGCGACACUCUGUUCGGAGAGGACUUCAGUCUCCGGGCGUUUACAGAGCACUUCGCUGAGCUGCAGAAGACGGAGCCGGACAGCAAUCUGGUCCUGUCGUAUCAGUGCAGGGAUGAAGAAACAUCAAAGUACGGCAUUCUGGAGGUGGACGCAGAUCUUCGGGUGACGCGUAUGAAGGAAAAACCUCAGCCAACCGAGACACAUGCACGCAACGCCUGUCCGUGUUUCUACUUGUAUUCGAGAGCGACGCUUCCCCUCUUGGAGACCUUCCUACGUGAAAAUGAGAUGAGGCCAAUUGAAGAGAAAGACGCACCAGGAACCUUCCUGUCAUGGCUCAUAUUACGGAGACCCGUACACAUCCAGAGGAUAUCGGGACGUUUCGAUGUGGGAAAUCUUCCUUCUUAUGUAGAAUGCGACCGAUACUUCCAAGAGCAGCUUCAACAUCCAGAGCUUUAUUUAAUAUAGCUGGAUCUGGAUUUUUUAUAAGAAAUGUUAUUUUAAACUGCCAGGAAAUGAACUGAUCACGGAUUUACUCCCGUUUCACACAGGAUGUGAAAAUCCAGGCCUAAGAUAAUCAGCGUACGUCUUUAAACGAGCCUUGAAUGUGCAGUGGUGUUGGAAUUUCUAUUUAUCAGCAAUGUGUUAACAAUCUUUUAUGAUUUUAUAAUAUUUAAUUAAUAAAGCAUUUGAUUCAAAUCAAA